CGAUUAGCAUGACAUAACUCACAAGCAAGAAAAGAAUAGGUUUUAAAACUGGCUAAUUAUUGUCUGUAGAUGGGACAAUAGCUUAAAAUCUUUCCUCUUCAAUAAUAAAUGAACUUGGUAGUGAAAAAGAGAUGCUUAUAUCUGAGAAAUUUUCCGGCUUCCUGAACUGAUGGAUAAGACACAAUGACUCAAGCAAAACUUGUUGCUGUUAUAGGCGCUGGAGCAAGUGGUUUAACCACAAUUAAAAGCUUAAAGGAAGAAGGCUUCUAUGUUGUUUGUUAUGAAAAAACUGACAACUUAGGAGGACUAUGGAAGUACCGCGAAGAAGAGAUCGAAGGAGUUGGAUCAGUCAUGAAUUGCACUGUAUCGAACAUCAGCAAGGAGUUAAUGGCCUUUAGUGAUUUUCCUCCUCCAAAUUCAUUUCCAAAUUUCAUGUCGCACAAAUAUGUUCUAAAAUAUCUAGAUAAAUAUGCUGAAGCGUUUGAUCUUUUAAGACAUAUUAAGUACAGACAUGAAGUUAUAAGAGUUUUGCCAACAGCUGACAACUACAGAACUGGACGAUGGGAGGUUACCAUAAAGGAUUAUGCUAAAAAUAGAUUACUAGUAGAGGUUUUUGAUGGUGUGGCUGUUUGUGUUGGACGAUAUGGAUUUCCGAGAAUUCCUAACUUCAAUUCCUUGGAAACUUUCAAGGGUAAAAUUCUGCAUACCCAUAACAUAAAGAAUGCCGAACCUUUCAAAGACCAACGAGUACUUGUCGUUGGGGCAGGGAAUUCUGGGGCUGAUGCUGCCGUGUAUUUGUCUACUGUUGCUGAACAGGUGUACUUAAGUUCUAGGCAAGGAACGUGGGUUGUUCAAAGACCAGGCUCAAAAGGACUUCCUGCAGAUUUAAGUUUCAAUCGAAGAAUCGUCAGUACAGCAUUCCAGAAACUGCCUCGGAAGUUGGUCUUUUGGUUUUUGGAAAAACAAGUUAACAAACGUUUCAAUCAUAAUACUUAUCACUUGAAACCUCCUCACAGAUUUCUUACGAAACGCCCGACAAUUAACGAUCACCUUGCCAGUAAAAUUUUAAGUGGCGAUAUCAUUCUGAAAGGAGCAAUUAAGUACUUUACAGAAAAAGGUGUUGUGUUUCGUGGCGACAACGAAAUCGUAAAUGUUGAUAUCGUGAUCAUGGCAACAGGCUACCAAUUAAAAGUUCCUUUUCUGAACGAUAUAAUUUUUCAAGUAAUUGGAGAUCAUGUUCCGUUAUAUAAACAUGUAUUUCCACCGCAUUUAUCUGUGCCUUCAAUGGCCAUCAUAGGCAUGACGCAAGUCUUUGGUGGUGUAUUUCCAGUAUGUGAAAUGCAAGCUAGGUGGUUCGCAGCCGUUUUGAACAACAAAGUUUCUUUCCCAGAUAAAGGCGACAUCAUUAAUGACAUUACUUUGAAUACAGAAAAUGAAACCAAACUUCUUCAUUCCAGUGCGAGGAACUGUAUGCAGGUUUAUGGUAUUCCUUACAUGGAUGAGUUAGCUGAAAUAAUUGGCGUAAAACCGAAUUUUCGCAAACUGUUGCUCAGAGACCCAAGGCUAACAUGGACAUGCGUAAUGGGCCCAUGUCUUCCAUACCAGUAUAGGUUGGAAGGGCCUCAUUCCUGGGUAGGAGCUCGAGCAGCCAUUCUUACUUACAAAGAAAGAGUUUUUGCUCCUUUAAGGACACGUUAUGAAACUCGAUAACAUUACUGAUCUUUCAUGAGUUAUAACAGGCAGACUGAAAAGGUUUAAGCUUUAGGUAUGCUGAAGAGCUUUGGAGUUCAAAAUGCUUAAGUCCUAUAUUCUUUUGCUCAUAUUUCGAAGAAACUGCUAUACAGUUUGAAAGUUUUUUUUUUUUUUUUUUUUUUCCAUGUGAUAUUUAUAUACAGCGCGCGCAGCUCUGUGGAAUUAUUUUUAAAACAUUUUAUUCUUAUAUUACCAAUUCUGCUUUAAAAAUUUAAUUUUGCUUUAUAUUAGUGUAAAUUCAUGUUAUGUAUUUUAUGUGAUUAUAAUGCAAAGAUUUGUUAUAUUUUUAUAUUACUUAAACUGAGGACUGCUGUCUGAACUAGCGUUUCAUGAAAUGGACCUAAAAACUGUUUUUCGUUAUUCUCACGGUCACGUAAUCUAAAAUUCAUCUUUCAACGCGAAUAUCUGCAGUCAUAUUGUGGGUACUAUUACUGCCUGUGUUUUGCGGGUAGUUUAAGCUCAAAAAUGUAUCCAUAAGACGUCCACUUCAUGCAAAUGCUUUUAUAUUUAAAUUUUUAAAUCUUCCAGGGUGUUGAUUAUUUCUGCAAAAUAAAAUUUCAAUGCUUUGAAUUUUGAUGAACAUUCUGGAAAAUUUUUAUCUAGAAUGAUGCAGUAUUGAUUUGUGCCUUUUUGAAAAUAUUUUUGAUCAAAUAUUUGUAAUGCAUCCAGUUUUGUCGAAAUGUUCGUAAUACAUAUUCUUGAUACAGUUUAAUUUAUAUUUAAUUAUUUUCAUAGUGUAACAUUUUCUUAGCUUUCAUUCGUGUUCCUUUAGUUUUAUUUUUAAUAAUAGAAUUUGAAAUGUAGAUUUCAAGUAUCUGUGAUUACUGUUGAUAUUUUCUGAUACGUAUUAAAAUAUUGAAAAUAA